AUGCCUCACUGCAUCCCCAUGCCUCACUGCAUCGCCAUGCCUCACUGCAUCGCCAUGCCUCACUGCAUCGCCAUGCCUCACUGCAUCCCCAUGCCUCACUGCAUCCCCAUGCCUCACUGCAUCGCCAUGCCUCACUGCAUCCCCAUGCCUCACUGCAUCCCCAUGCCUCACUGCAUCCCCAUGCCUCACUGCAUCGCCAUGCCUCACUGCAUCCCCAUGCCUCACUGCAUCGCCAUGCCUCACUGCAUCGCCAUGCCUCACUGCAUCGCCAUGCCUCACUGCAUCGCCAUGCCUCACUGCAUCGCCAUGCCUCACUGCAUCCCCAUGCCUCACUGCAUCCCCAUGCCUCACUGCAUCGCCAUGCCUCACUGCAUCCCCAUGCCUCACUGCAUCGCCAUGCCUCACUGCAUCGCCAUGCCUCACUGCAUCGCCAUGCCUCACUGCAUCGCCAUGCCUCACUGCAUCGCCAUGCCUCACUGCAUCCCCAUGCCUCACUGCAUCCCCAUGCCUCACUGCAUCGCCAUGCCUCACUGCAUCGCCAUGCCUCACUGCAUCGCCAUGCCUCACUGCAUCCCCAUGCCUCACUGCAUCCCCAUGCCUCACUGCAUCGCCAUGCCUCACUGCAUCCCCAUGCCUCACUGCAUCCCCAUGCCUCACUGCAUCCCCAUGCCUCACUGCAUCGCCAUGCCUCACUGCAUCCCCAUGCCUCACUGCAUCGCCAUGCCUCACUGCAUCGCCAUGCCUCACUGCAUCGCCAUGCCUCACUGCAUCGCCAUGCCUCACUGCAUCGCCAUGCCUCACUGCAUCCCCAUGCCUCACUGCAUCCCCAUGCCUCACUGCAUCGCCAUGCCUCACUGCAUCCCCAUGCCUCACUGCAUCCCCAUGCCUCACUGCAUCCCCAUGCCUCACUGCAUCCCCAUGCCUCACUGCAUCCCCAUGCCUCACUGCAUCCCCAUGCCUCACUGCAUCCUCUUCACUUUCCAUCCUUUGACUCCCCAUCCUUCGACUCCCCAUCCCUCCAUUCCCCAUCAUUCCACCUCUACCCACAGCAAUCUGAGGAACAAUCUGUUGACAGGGAAAGUGCUCGAGCCCGUGCCAGCAUCGAUUGAGACGUACAAGCUGGACAACAACUACUUGAGCGAGGGGUUCACGUCCCCCCCACCGUGCACGCAAGGCUACAUCACAUACCGUGCCAACUGUGCGGACAAGCCAGCAGAUGGCCUUGCAUGUGCAGACAGCCCCCAGAAAGCUGACCCCGUCUGCAAUGCCUUCUGCGGCAUCUCUGGCGUCUCCGACCCCCCUGUGCCCGCCUGCAACGGCCAUGGCGUGUGCUUCUUGGACGGCCCCAGCAACACGCCCAAAUGCAUGUGUGACGAUAACUAUGUGGUUGGGGAGUUACCUGGCAGCUGCGUGGCUGUGGCAGGUGGUAGGACGGAGCAGGAUUUGACGCCCACAGGAGCCAUGCUUGCAGCCACUGGCGACGCCUCAGUGAAUGAAGCCACGUUCACUCUCACGCCUUCCCAGUCGUCCAAGGCUGGCAGUGUGUUCCUGGCAGCGCGCGUGCCGCUCUUCUCCUACCAGCUCAUCGGGGAUGCAUGCGGGCGCGAGCUUGCCUUCUCCUCCUCCUUCUCCUUCACUCUCACCCGUGCUGCUGCCUCCGGCUCCGAAGGCUUUGCCUUUGUCGUGACCUUUGAUUCGACCCUGCCCACAACACCGGUGGCGGGCGGCAUGGGGUAUGCGGGGAUGGGAGCGCGCAGCGUGGCAGUGGAGUUUGACACAUCCAAGGAUGCGGGCAACAGCGACCCUGACAGCAACCACGUGGGCAUCAACACCGGUGGUAGUGUCACGUCGGUGGUCACAGCCAAGCCAAGCUUUUCUCUCAAUGACGGCAAGGCCAAGUACGCCUGGAUCGACUACGACCCUUCCUCCAGUGGCUCCCUGCGCGUCUUCCUCUCCUCCCAGGCGUCCCCUCGCCCCACCACCCCCCUCCUGUCGGCACGCAUCUCCCUGUGUGAGGAGCUCGCGCCAACCACAGCGCAGUACACCUUUGCUAUCGGCUUCACUGCUGCCUCCGCCACCCAGCCUCAAAGCCAUGUCGUCUCCGCCUGGCACCUCACCACGCAUUUCCCCGUCCAGCCAAUUACAGAGGCAUCGCUGGGUUUUACCUUCAGCGAGUCAGCGCUCUCUGUGUCGGGGAUGAAUCUCUUUUUCCGCUAUGCCAGCUCAGGCAGUGUUGCUGCUGAGAACGGCAAUGACGUGUAUGGCGUGCGCCCUACAGCUUCAUGGGCCGCCAGGCUUGACUUCUCAUGGCCUGUCAGGACUCAAACCACUUGCGGCGACUGCUGGGCGUACGCAGUGGUGGGCAGCGUCGAGGCGGCAUACGGCAUAAUGUCCAACCUUGCAAUGGCGCCGGUGCUGUCAGUGGAGCAGCUGAAGGCCGCCAUGAAGGUCGGCUGCUCUGGCAGCACGCCCUCUCAGGCCUUCCAGCUGCUGCUCAAGCUGGCGCAAAAAGGAGGCGGGCUUGUGUUGGAGAGCCAGGCGUCGGCCGGGAAUUCCAAGAAAACGGAAAAGAAGACAGGCAGCAGCAAUCCUCUCUGCUCUCCGCUGCUGAAGCCACUGGCGAAGCUGCUCGGUGUGUCGUGCGGGAACGGCACCUCUAACCCACGUCUCCCGACUCCGUUCCCCGUCAAGGGCUUUGAGUCGACGUCCUUCUACGGCUGGUUUGGGCUGCUGCUGGCCGUGCAGCGGCAGCCAGUGGUGGUGCACAUUGAGGCGUCGGCCGACUCGUUCAAGAACUACGAUGGGCUGUCCAAGUACGCAGACCCCGAUUGCUUCACGUACAACCUGAACCACGUGGUGCUGCUGGUGGGGUACCGCCUGGUGGGCAAGGACUCGCGCUUCCCCCACAUGGCGCCGCCCUUCUGGAUCAUCCGCAACUCAUGGGGGCCUGACUGGGGCGAUGGGGGCCACAUGCGCAUGGACAUCCAGGGGGGGGAUGGCGUGUGCGGCAUCAACUCACUGCCAGGCCUCUACCCCGUGGUCAGAGAGGAUGCAUGCAAGGCAGCCCUGCGCAAUCCGUGUGCGGUGGGGCAGUGUGUGAAUGACGGGGCGGGGUCGUACUCGUGUGUGUGUCCACCGGGCUUCAGGCAGGGCACCACCGUCGAGGGCACUUACUCCUGUGCUCCAGGUGACACCAGCAACACCUACACCGUGCUCUCUCCUAACGUCCGCUGCUCUGAUGUCUUCCCGGUCUAUGGCCUCACGCUCGCCGAUUUCCAAACCCAGAACCCAUCGGUGUCGUGUGCAGCACCCAUCCCACCCAACACUGUGCUCAACGUGGCCAGCCCAACCACUCUCAUUCCCUGCUCCAUCUUCUACACCACUCAGAAGGGCGACACCUGUGCGGAUCUAGCGAUGUACUUCAGAGUGCAUUGGUCCUGCGAUUGGGACGCUGCCAGCUGCACGGCCAACUUCCAGGCGCUCAACCCCAGCUUGGACUGCAGCGCCAACGGCGGGGUGCUGCAGCCCGAUCAGACAGUGUGUUUGGAGCGCGAGAAGGAUAACGUCGGGCUCAUCCCGGUGUGCUCGCAGUACUACCUGGUGCAGAGCGCAGAGACGUGCGAGUCCAUCCGCAACGUGCCCUACCCCCCUCUGGCCCCCAAGGAAUUCUUCCGGCUUAACCCCGGCAUGAAGUGUGACCGCAUCAUUCCAAAAACCGACGUUGACGGCUUCACUGGCUUUGAGGCAUGCAUUGCGAGCUCCACGUCGUACAAGCAGGGCACGUGCCCGCGUGCGAAUGCGUAUGUGGUGGGGACAGGCGACAGGUGCACGGCCAUUCAGGUGAAGUACUUCCGGGGCAUCAAGGGCUGCUACAAGCACAUCAACGGAUACGACUGCAUCGACAAGCUCAUCAAAGCAACCCGCGUGUGUCUGCCUGACAAAGUUAAGCUUGCGAAAGGAGUCUGCGACAAUUGA